CUGGCAACAGGAAGAAUGUUAUUUUGCGCUAUACUUUGAUGUUUAAAAAUUGUGAACGUGUAAUUUAAAUGUCUGAAAAUGAGGCGUAGAUUACCAAAUAUAUUAGUUACAGGUACAUCUGGCACUGGAAAAUCUACUUUGUGUUCCGAAAUUAGUGAACAGACGUCCCUGGAAUGGAUCAAUGUUGGUGAACUGGCUAAAACAAAUAAUUUAACUGAAGAAUAUGAUGAAAAUUUUCAGUGUCAUGUAAUUGAUGAAGAUCAGGUUGUAUCGGAAUUAGAAGAUAAAAUGCUUGAAGGUGGAAAAAUUGUUGAUUAUCAUGGUUGUGAUUUUUUCCCCGAAAACUGGUUUGACAUAAUAUUUGUACUGACUACUGAUAAUACUAUUCUUUAUGACCGACUUGUACGCAGAGGGUACAGUGGUAAAAAAUUAGAAAACAACAUACAAUGUGAGAUAUUUCAGACAUUGCUAGAUGAAGCUAAGGAAGCUUAUAACCCAUCUAUAGUUUUCAAGUUAAAUAGCAAUACUCCAGAAGAUAUGGAAUCUAAUAUUGAGGAAAUUUGCAGAUGGAUUGAAAUAUAUAAAAAUAAUCAUGCUAAUGGAUAAUCUAGUGACACUUGUGUGUAUUAUUUAGGAAUUUUAUGUGUAUAUAUGUAUAGUUGAUUUGAUGCUUAGGAAAAAAAGCAACUUGUUAUGUUUGUAACUUGAUGUUUUUUAGUCUUAAUGGACUAGACCGAAUUCAUGUCAAUUAAAUUAUAAUUUAUUUAUCUUUUAUUGUUAAACGUUUAUUUUUCAUUUGUUAUUUAAUUAUGGAAUGAGUCACAUUUAUUUACAGUGAAUUUUAGUGGUGAAUAUGCAAUGAAUAAUAUCGAAUUUCCAAAGCAUUAUGUGUUGAGUACUUUUCUUUUAUUAUAUACUACAUAUCUUAGCUUUGUCAUUUAAAUUUUUGUGACAAAUGGUAGUCUAAUGCAUGCUCAAUAUUUUGGAGCAAAAUUGCUCUAUUUCCAUUUCUGAUUUGUGAUAAUUAUUGAAUGUUUUUUAAAUUGAUAUCAGUGGUGAUUACCAAUAAGUUCGUUCUCCCUAUGCUGAGUAUGCAGUAGUGGCGAAUAUUUUACUUAGUGUUGGAACUGUGACAUGUUGCAUUUAUUCAUUGAUUAAGUCAACCAGUUUUUGUUUCCCUUUAAUUGGAAUUUUCUUAUGUUCAUUCAAGCAUUUUAGUGUAAUGCUUAAUUCCUGUUCAUAUUUUUGUAAUUUUAUUAUCCAACAAAGAAAUGUGUUACAUAUAUUUCUGUUAAUGGUAUGUUGAUAAAUGCUGAUAUUUUUUUUAAUUAAAUAAAAAUAUUCUUUGAUAGGAAUACCUAAUAUUUUCUUAAUACAUAAGCAAUUUAUCUUUUUUAUUUAAUAUAAUGCAAGUUGACAUACUUAGCUCAAAUACUGUUAUUGCAAAGUUUUCUAGGGGAGGCAGGGAUAUUAAAUAAUGAAAUGUGAUUAUAAUUAUAAUUUGUUUCAUUCAUGAAUGUCAGUAUUAGCAAAUAGAAUUUUUAUUUCCUCGCUCUCUUGAAUUCAAAUAAUGCACACAAAAUAAUAAUAAUUCCCCAGUCUGUAAUAUUUCUCUUUAUCCUAUCUCUUAAUAAAAAUUAUUUAAUAUAUGCAAGACUAGUUAAAUUACUUUCUUAAUUUAUAUUUAACUUAAAGAGUAUAAUAAUUAUAAUAAGAGUUCCUAGGAAUUAAGUCAUUAUAAGUGAAAAAUGUUCCAACCAUAGUUUAUCAUCUCUAUUCAGUCUUAAAGAAAUAGAAUUAUAGAAAUGUGUAUUUGUUUAAUGCAAGAAUUUUGCCUUCCUUCCUUCCUUUAAAAAAAGGUCAUUGAAUUGCAUCACAAAUUUUUACAUGUAAAAACAUUUUUUAAAUGUUAAGCAUGAAGGCAUUAAACCUUAGCUUAGCAAGUUUUAUCAACUUCAAUGAAAACAGAAAUAAUCAUAAAAUCAUAUAUGUAUCAUCCAGUGAAGCAUAUACGGUUACCAUCUCAUAAAUUAAAUACUCUCUUUUAUAGCCAAAGUUCAGCUUAAACUUGAGUUAGGGAAUGAUUUUCCAUUUCUUAAUAAAAUCUCAUUCUCCUCUGCUGUCAGAUUGAAACAGUCAUGUAAUCAAAUGGAACAAGAUGUUACAUAAGAGUCUGAUUAAGAAUAUUAUGCCGAUUUACGUAUCUUCAAUUAUGCUUCACUUAAUAUCAGAAAAUUAAGUACCUUUAGCUGAAGACUAUAAUUAUGUAAAUAAACAAUAUUUAGUUAGAAUUCCCUCCUUUUUUUUUUAAACAUUUAUAUAAAAAUAAUAGUGUAAUUUCACACAGUAUAAAUUAUAGCCUUAAAAAGUUAAAAGGAAUUUGUUUCUGACAUUGUUAUAUUGGCUGCCAAAAACAAAUUUGCUCAAGGAUUUGCAUGAAACAAGUGUUAGUAUGAGAAAGGAUGAAAUCUUUUCAUUUUAAAAUGUAUGCUUAAAAUUCCUUGUAUGUGUAUAUAUAUAUAAAUGAUAUAAACUUUUUGAUUGCAAAUGUCAUAUUCUUUUAUGUUACAAAGUAUUUUGCUUUAAUAGCAUAUUUUUGCUAGUAGAAGAAUUAUUUUAAUUUUUAUUGUCUCAAGGCUAAAAUUAUUUGACAAUGUUUUUUGCAGUUAAGAAAUGGGAGAGGGGAUUAAUAAAUCUUGACUCGCAAGUAUCACUAUCUAGUCAAGUGAAAAAAGGGUAAUAUUCAACAGAUUAUUUCUCGAAAUUUUGAAAGCUUUGCCAAAAAUUAUAUGGUGCUAUAGUAAAAUAUUUUGAUACAUGAAAUAUUUUAUAACAUGUUAAAUUCAUUUUUCUCCUUUUUACAGUGUUUUCUGUUGUAAACGAUUUUUUGUAUUCCUGGUUUAAUCUAUGGUUUACACUUUUGUGGCAGCUGCUAGAUACGUGUGUUAUUCAAAGAAACCCUUGUUAGGCGGGAAAAUGUAAAUGUGACUAACGCAAGACUUGUGUUGAUGCUUUCCAUGUUUUCAUAGGCACAUACUUUAUAGCUUUAUUUUCUGUAGGCUUUAAAAAAAAAGAGUAGAAAAUCAAAUAUGAUUAUUAAAAGGUAAAUGUCUUUAUU